AUGGCUGAUGGUACAUUAAUCUCUACUAAGUCCUUUUAUGGGAGAACUGUGAAGACAGAUAUAGUUGAGAACCAACACAUAAGAAAUCCAGUUGUUUUGGAGCCAGGAAGCAGUGAAAAAGAGAGUAGUGACGAAGAGGAUGAAUUAGAUCUGUUUCCUUCAUCUGGAAGUGAAUACCAAAGAUCUGAGGAAGAGCUCAGUGAAUCUGAAUUAUAUAUGUCAGAAAUUGAGGCAGAUAUGUCAAAUGAGGUGUUAGGUGAGCAACAAGCUUCAGCCAAAACACAAAUUCCAGGAUCAGUCACUGGUAUAAAUUUACAGCAGAGUUCAGUCAAAUCAAAAUCAAAGGAAAAGAACAUCCAAGAAAUGAAGACGCGCUGGAGAAAAAGGACCUCACCAAAAUUUUUUAUCAAUUUCAAAGGUCAAGAACUACCACAACCUCCAAAAGAAGCAUUGAGUCCAGUUGAUUACUUCAAACAAUUUUUCAGUGAAGAUCUGAUUCAGCAUAUUGCAGAACAGACUAAUCUUUACAGUGUUCAACAAACUGGGGCCUCUAUUCAAACAAGCAAGAGCGAGAUGGAACAAUACAUCGGUAUUCUAAUCAUGAUGUCAAUAAUAAAGCUUCCUCAAAUAAGAAUGUAUUGGGCAAACGAAACACGUGUUUCAUCAAUUUCUGAAGUAAUGACAGGGAAACGAUUUGAAAUUCUGAAAAAGAACUUUCACUGCAAUGAUAACACAAAGUAUGUCCCUGCUGGACAAGAAGGCCAUGAUAAGCUAUUCAAAGUGCGACCUGUUGUUGACUCAGUUCUUCAAAAAUGUCGAAGCAUUCCACAGGAGGAAAAACAAUCUAUAGAUGAGCAAAUGAUACCAACAAAAGGUCGCACAAGUUUCAAGCAAUAUUGUCCUAAGAAGCCUCACAAAUGGGGAAUAAAAGUCUGGGCUAGAUGUGGUGUCAGUGGUUUAGUCUAUGAUUUUGAAGUUUAUAGUGGGAAAUGUAAUGACAAAGAAGAAAUGCCAGAACUGCUAAUGGCUGGAAAUGUUGUGCGUCGAUUAUGUGAUACAUUACCACAUAACAUGAAUCAUAAAAUUUAUUUUGACAACUAUUUCAGUUCAUUGCCCCUUCUUCAACACCUAACCAAAAAGAAAAUCUGGGUUGUUGCAACUGUUAGAAAAGACAGGAUGAAAGGAGCACAACACCAUCUGCAAUCUGAGAAGGAAUUGAAAAGGAAUGGGCGCGGUUCCUCUGACAGUGUUGUGGAGGCGAAUAGUGGUAUAACUGUAUUCAGAUGGAUGGAUAAUGGGAUAGUGCAGCUGAUCUCCAAUUACAUGUCUGGGGAAGAUGGCCCUGCAGCCAGAAGAUGGUGUAAGAAGCAAAGAGAAUAUGUACAGAUUGAACGCCCACUGAUCAUCCAUGAAUAUAAUAUCCACAUGGGUGGAGUAGAUUUGUGCGAUAUGCUUUUAUCUUUGUAUAGAAUUGGCCACAAAUCGGUAAAAUAUUAUAUGCAUAUUGUCUUUUAUUGCAUUGGCAUCUCCAUUGUUAAUGCUUGGUUGUUAUACCGAAGACACUCUGGUCAAAUGGAUAUUCCAAAGAAAAAGCAACUGACACUCCUGAAAUUCCAAGCCCAAACUGGUCAUAGCCUGGCAAAUGCAGGAAAGAUAUGUAAGCUAAAACGAGGAAGACCUUCCAAUGAUGUCUUGGAAGUACCUUGCAAACAGAGAAGACCUCCUAGUGUUGUAACACCCACAAUUGAUAUUUGCAAAGAUAAAGUUAAUCAUUUUCCAGAGUUUCAUGAGAAGCAAAAUAGAUGCAGACAUUGCAAGACAGGAUUUUCUCAUGUAAUGUGCACCAAGUGCAAAGUGUACCUUUGUUUGGUGAAGAAGCGCAAUUGUUUUGCAAACUUUCAUUGA